AUGUGUGGGGAAAAUGCUACAAUGGAGACAAGAUUCAACAUGUAUCCUCCAUGUCCAAGAGUGGACAAUGUUCUUGGGUUUAAACCGCACGCUGAUGGCUCAGCCUUCACUUUCCUCUUACCCGACAAAAAUGCUGAAGGACUUCAGUUCCUCAAAGAUGGAAAGUGGUAUAAAGCUCCAACCCUCCAGGAUACAUUUCUGAUCCUUGUAGGAGAUAUGACCGAGAUAAUGAGCAAUGGGAUAUACAAGAGUGUGAUUCAUAGAGUAGUGACAAACAAAGAAAAGGAAAGGAUAUCCGUGGCAACGUUUUGCAAUGCUGAUGCAGACAAAGAGAUUCAGCCUAUAGAUGGGCCUGUGUCUGAGCUUCGUUUUCACCCUAUCACUGUUCCUCAUGUUGAUGGUCUCCCUGCUGGCACCGAGACCCCCUCGGAUAUCCCCGUCACGUUGUGGAAGUUCUUCACCGAAGCCUUUGAUCUGACACGCGAUCAGGUCGAAGCCGCGGUUCGUGCCUUGAAACCGGACCUGAUCUUGUUCGAUCUUGCUCACUGGAUUCCGGAAGUGGCAAGAGAGCAUGGAGUCAAGAGAGUUCCUCCACCUGGUUAUCCUUCAUCAAAGUUGUACCGCGCACAUGAUGCUCACGCCUUGUUGUCCUUCUCCGUCUACUACAAGAGCGGUCAGCCACCAAAAGGCGCAAAGACGAUUCAAGAAGCGUUACCAGAAGGGUUCGAGGAGCGGGUGAAGGGACGUGGCGUGGUUUGGGGAGGAUGGGUGCAGCAACCACUGAUAUUGGCUCAUCCAUCAGUAGGUUGCUUUGUGAGCCAUUGCGGAUUCGGGUCAAUGUGGGAGUCUCUGGUGAGUGAUUGCCAAAUAGUCUUGCUUCCAUAUUUGGUUGAUCAGGUUCUCAACACGAGAUUGCUGACCGAGGAACUCGAGGUCUCCGUAGAGGUGGAAGAGAAGAAACAGGAUGGUUCUCUAAAGGAGAGCUUGAGCGAUGCGAUCACAUGUCUGUGA